AUGCCCAAAGUCCUCAUCAUCGGCGCCACUGGCUACCUCGGAAGCAGAAUCUGCAACGUCCUCGUCAAUAGCGGCCAACACAGAGUCUACGGCAUCGCCCGCCAUGAAGCCAAAGCCAAGUCCCUAGCCGUCGCCGAAGUCACUCCAGUCAUCUGCCCCGACCCUAUCAAUCAGCCAGAAUCUUACCUCAAUGCUAUCCGCAACUUCAAUAUCGACAUAGUUGUUGAUGUAUCUGGAGCAAAUCAAGAGUCUGCAAAGUUCCUUGCUGAUGUGAAGGCGAUCGGCCAAGAACGUAUGAACAAGGCAAAGUCUGCAGGGCUCACGCAUGCCCCAAAGCUUGGCUUUAUUUACUGCUCAGGAACUUGGGUCCAUGGAUCGAGUGACAAACUAGUCAAUGAUCUUGAUAUUGUUGGACCAGAGGCCACGACACCACCUGCACCGCUUGUCGCAUGGCGCGUCGCGCAUGAGAACGCUGUUCUCGCUGCUUCUGACGUCCUGGACGUGGCUGUUCUACGUCCUGCGCUCAUCUACGGUGGCGAGAGUACAAUUUGGACCACCUUCAUGCUUCCGCUCCUCCAGGCUACCCGAGAUGGAUCCUUUGACACGAUCCAGAUCCCAUUGAGCGUUGACUCUCAGCCCGGGCUUGUUAACGUUAGUGAUGUCGCCACUGGUUUCCAGAAAGCUAUAGAGAGGCUUUCUCUUAUCAACAGCAGCUCAGUCUAUCCUGUAUUUGACCUUGUGACCAGCCAAGAGAGCAUGUCGGAAAUCUUCGCGGCUCUGGCUUCGCACUGGGAAUUCAAGGGACGCUGUGAGUUGGUUGGCUCUGGGAAUGAUUUGUUCGCGGAAGCGAUGGGGACUAGCUUUCGAGGUUCGUCUGAUCGUGCCAAGCAGUUGUUGGGUUGGGAACCUUUUAGACUCAGUGGCUUUGUAGCCGAUAUGGAUAUUUAUGCUGAUGCAUUUGCAUCUCAGCACUAG